UUCAAAUAUCUUCCAGUAAUACCUCGUGCUCUCUCCUCAGGGUUAUCUCUGUAUUCGGGCUUGUUUACAGCUUUUCGUUUUUUUUAAUAUGAGGAGUUCCUGCUUGUCACUGGAGCUGUCAAGGGUGUUUAUUUAUUGCUGCUGGUGCAUUCGGUUUGGGUGCAGAGCUUUUGUACUAAAAUUAUUUCUCAGGAUAGAGCCUCAGUAAAAGGAAUUUAGGUGCUGUUCGACAUUCAAGUAAUACUCAAUACUCCUGGACACAGCUGCUUCUUUCUCCUGAGGAAAAGUAGGUGUUCCACAUUAAGCUUCAAGGUAAGGAAAGACAAAUUUCACGUAUAGGCAACAAUGUACUGAAUGAGCUGCUACCAGCUCUCAAACCUGCUUAAGCAGCUGUAAUGUGAUCUUGGCAGCUGCUUUUAGGAGAUGACACAAGCAAAUCUAGUCAGGCUGGUCAGUUCGUAAUACUUCACUGAUUCAUGAGGAUAUAUAUUCUAGAUCAUCCUGCCAAAACAUCCAUAAAUAUUUCAUAAAUAUUCCUUGUACAACAGAGGCCUUGGGAGUGAGGAUCGACAACAUAACUGGAACAGAACAUGUAUUUUUGUUCUUGAAAGAUGAGACCAAUUUGCAACUUUAGUUCCACUGGUUCUGUGUACGUUCUGGUUCCUGAGCUGCAGAGAAGCUGGAGCGCUCAGUGUGCGUGCAAAAUCCAGGGCAGAGUUUGGGCUCACUCUGGUUUUAUCUUCCAGAGGCCCCGUUGCCAUGGCUUCACUUGGAUGGCCUUUCGUCAUGGUGUUCAGUUUCAUCGUCUUUCAAGGUCUGUUCCAUUUUUUAAGUGCAAGGAUUUCUAUGUUGUGCUGCAAGGGCUUCAGGACAUUAACUGACCUUCAGAAGACUGAGUGGAAUUCCAGGAUAGUGUCCACAUUCCAUGCUCUAGUGGUUGGAAUAUUGUGUCUGUACUUACUGUGGGUUGAUGAUGCUGUCAAUGCAGACCCUGUCUGGGGCGACCCUUCCUUGGUGAAAUUAAAUGUUGGUCUAACUGCAGGCUACCUCAUUUCAGAUUUGCUACUCAUUUUGUGGUAUUGGAAAGCAAUUGGAGACAAAUACUUUGUAAUCCACCAUUUGACAGCGUUGUGUGCUUACUACUAUGUACUGGGCCAGGGAUUGCUGCCUUAUUUUGCUAACUUCCGUCUGAUUGCAGAAUUUUCAACUCCUUUUGUUAACCAGCGAUGGUUUUUUGAAGUGCUAGGUUAUCCCAAAACUUCCAGGGUAAACCUAACUAAUGGGAUUCUGAUGGUAGUGGUGUUCUUCACGGUGAGAAUCGCCGUCAUGCCUUUAUAUUAUGGCAAAAUGAUCUCCACAUUUGGAACAGAGGCCUUCUCCAAGCUUGGACAGAGAGCCCAGUUUGUUUGGAUUGCCUCCAGCAUUUGUUUAGAUAUCAUGAAUGUUAUGUGGAUGUAUAAGAUUGCAAGGGGGUGCCAUAAGGUUUUGCUAGCCAGGAAGCUGGCCUGCCAAGAAAAUGGAAAACUAAAGUAAACUAACUUCCAAUUGCUUUGAAGUGAUUUUUUUUAUAUGAUAACGUUCCCCCCCCCCCCCUCCUCACUCACUUAUGCAUGAUUUUAGAGUUUUCUAUUUGGUUAGUGUAGAGCAACACUGUAUUGUAUCAUUCCAGGAGGCAGUUAGUUAUGCGAAUGCAGGUGGCCACAGUAUUUUUAGGGUUACAUGUUUACCAUGCACUCGAAGGUUAGAUUAGGAAAUGAAAAAGAUUAAACAAACUGAAUACAGCUUGAUUUAAAUUUUUUAAAAUAGGCUCGUGGUUGUACCCAAAAGAGUAUAUCGUCCACCAUUCUUAAUGAGCAGUUUUAGGUUUGGACCAAUUAUUUUAUUAGAAAAUGUUGUGUAAACUCCAGAAGUGCUUUCAGCACCAACCGGGCCAAUUGCUGUGCUUUCUAAAUGUCACCUACAUCAAGACCUAUUACCUAAAAGUCACUGUGAUUCUUGCAAGGAGAGCCGAAAAACAUAUCACUCUAAGUGCACUGAAGAAAUUCUUCAUUGCAGGUGAUCCUGUUGCGAGAGGCAAUGAGGAUCAAUUGGGCCACAUCUAUAUGUAUAGAUGGAACCCCUAUUAACAAUGUGUAGCUGAAUUUUAAUAACUCCAUUCAAUAAUAUGUUCAGAAUUAAUAAAAUUAAGCAAUUUUAAUUGUGAGUAACACCAAUGUAAUUAACUGAACACUGGAGAGAUAUUCCAGAUGGUUGCUACUUUGACAAUGACCACUUCUAUUGGGAUUUUCCCUAUUAUAUAACGCACAUGGACAAAGUUGCUGUACUUGAUGGAAAGAGGAAAUAUUGCCUCCAAAGCUUUCCUGACUUCAACUGUCUUUGAGCUAGCAGCAGUAGUCUCCUAGAUUGUCGGGUAAUAAUAGGAAAUUGUGUUUUGUGGAAUAAAACAAGUAUAAAGGCAUAAUUACAGAUUAGAUCCGCUAGGUUCACUGGCAGCCAGUAAGUAAUCAAUGCUAUAUAUGAUUUCUAUGAUUAAACCUUGUACAGUAAUCCAAGCUUCAAUUUGUUUUUGAGGAACAUUCAGAUUGAAAUUGUACUUACAGAAGAGAUACAUGAUUAAAUCAGAUAAACCUAUGAGUUAGGUAUCAUGUAAGGCUAAGUAAUAAGGCUUUUUAAGCUCUUAAUCCAUUUAGAAAUAAAUUGGGUAAUUGCUUAAGACUACUUGUUCCUAUGAUACUGUCAAUAUAGAAGUAACGUGGAACAUGGGUGUGCUGACUUUUACUAGCUGUGUGGUGACUUUGUUUAGUGUUUAGAUCCUCCAAAACAUUGCUAGGAUUGAAGUUGGGUUGCAAAUAGUGAAAUGUCCUUUGUUUAUUUGUUUUCUUUGAAGUUAUCUGAGUGAAAUGAGUUUCUUCUGAAUGUUUUUUUGUGAUGAUUGUUCCAUUCCCAGGAACUUGGGAUUUCGUGAUUGGUUGAACUAUCUCUACAACAGUAGUUUAGAUGACUUAAAAAUAAAGUUCUGUUAAUUUAGUAGCUGUUUUAUUGAUAUCACAUAGGUAAACCCUACUAGAUGGACUUGCUUGUUUAAUUAGUUUUGAGGAGCAGGUUAGUUUAAAAAUAUCAGGAAAUAUUAUUGGGUGAAAAUAUUCUGUAAAGUUAUAUAUAAUACUUUUAAAAAUACAGUAAAAACGUUUAGUGAACAGAAUUAUACAAAAAGUAGUUGAAUGAUUAUUACCCCCCAAUAUUCUUAUUUAAUGGCUGAGCCAAAUCAUCCCCUGACAAAGCAAGUUGGCAAUGUUUAUGGAGUUGUUCAUUUGGACCUUUUUUAUUUGUUAAUUUGUUGACAUUUUUUAAUGUGUUAAUCUUGAUUGGUGUUCAUCUAAUGCCUGAAUGCUUUAGGUUGAUUGUCAGUCUGCCUACUGUCAAUGUUCUAAGCAAAGCUCUUUCACAACUUGCAGAGCAAUUUCAAAGCAGUGGUUAGUAACUUUAGGAUUUCAAAGCCGUUAAAUGUUUUAUACAAGGCAGAGUUUUCUGAUGAGACUAUCCUUUUUAGGUAUUUUAUCCAGAGAUUAGAUCCCAGAAAUUUAUGUUGUAUUUCUGCUGCACACUUGGUGGAUAAUUGAAGAGAUUAUGUUAGCGAUUUGCUGCCAAUUGUACAGUAUACAAUAUUGUGUAAACUUUGAACUUCCCACCGUUAUACUGUUCAUACUUUAGUUGGCAAAAUGGAUAUUUGAGAAAUAAGUCAAACAAAACACGCUAUUUAUUCAACUGUUUAAAUUCUUAUUUUAUUUGUUUCUGUUGCAGCUGCUUAGGUGGUUAAUAGACAGUUAACUGAGUUUGAAAACUAUAAUUAACUAAUCUGUUUGUGAUACUAAAGAUUGAAGUAUAUUCUAGCGGAAAACUUUUCUAUAUUAAGCAUACAAGUUGCUUUAAUUAUCUGCCAGUCCUGUAGAGAAAUAUUGAAUACUAUGUUGAUAUUCUAUUUUACAGUAGAUUAUUUAAAUCGGUUCCUUCGUGUGUAUGUGUGUAUAUAUAUAUGUAUUUUUCUGGUAACUGUAAAACGUUAUGAAGCAAAAGGAGAUUUUGGAAUUUGAAAAGAUGAUGCAAAGGAUUUGAACAGCUUUCAGUUUUAUGCAGAGCCAUAAUUGUUGGCUCCACUGUUUUGUGUUUUUUUUAAUGGUGGAUAUUUAGUGAAGAACGGAAUUGGAAUAGAUUAAGCCAGGAGAAAUGACCAGGAGAAUGGCCUUGCACAUUAGCUACAUUAAUUGUUUUUUUUUAAGAAAAAUCUUUUAAAACUCCAGCAGUUUGGAAUAUUUUGAAGUUCCAUACUCGAUUUCGAUCCCCAUGUGUUGAGUAAAUGUUUGCCUGCUCUUCAUACUAUAUUCACUCUAUGUUACUUUAUGUAUAAUCAGAAGUCUGAUACGUAAGCAAUAUAUAAUUUUGUUCAUAAAUGUAAUUUUCAUUUGUCUUUGCAUUUUUGAAACAUGAGCCUUGAAAAGUAACAAAAAUGGUAAUGCAUAAGGAUUAAAAUGUUAUAUUGUUGUUACAGUAUGGAGUGUUGUAGGUGUAAUUGUGCAUUACCUUGAAUGUUUACUUGUUACUUAUUUUUUUACAUGUUUGGUUGUGAAACAUUUAUUUUGGAGUUAAUAUGUUGUCACCCACCCAUUAACGGUAAAAUGUAGCUUUACACUUUUUCUGUUUAAUAUGUAAUGUUUAAAAAAGAAUGUUAAGGUUUUGCAUAAAGCCAUUCCUGUUAAGCUUUUUAAAAAUUAUUAUUCGAGUUAAAAACAAAUGGCAUAAGUGUAUUUAAGUGAGGGUCCUAAGGAAAGUUAAUGUGAAAUCUACCUGCUGUGUAUGUACGGUCAUGCAUUUUCAGUUAUUAGCUUUCAUAAUAUUUUACAGGUUCCGAAAGUAAUGCAGUAGGAAAUAAUAGUAACUUAUUUUUCUACAUUAAUAUGUGGUAUUUUAAACCCAUGCAUAAACUUGUAUUAUUCAAUUAUUUGUGAGAACACAAUUUUAUAAAACUUUUCCCAACCUACUGUAGAAAACUGCAUGCUCCACAUAAUUUACUAGCCUGAUAACGUUUACCAUUAUGAAACCAGUUCAACUCUGAUGAAUCAAAUGUUUGUCUUUAUUUGCAAGAUGUGUGGCUUUUUAAACUCAAUUCUACUGAAAUUGAUGCCUCCCUAAGUUUUCUUUGAAAGCGUUUGAUGCUGUGUCAGAUAAUACAUUUGCUGUAUUUUGUUUCUAAUUAAAUACAUCGUCCACUGUUCACAGCCAUGAAAAAGCUUUUGGAAUAAAAUGAUUUAACAUAGUAAUUUCCUCACAACCACUCAAUGGCAAUAAAGCAUGCACACCGA